AUGACGAUGACUUUGCGGCCUGCCUUUACCUCGCUCCUCGCCCUCAGUCUGGUGGUGGCUGCUCUCCUACUUGUGGCAUCAUGCCACGCAACACGCCCUGGAUCCGCAGCAGCCGCCGCAGUCGCGAACAGCAACCUUGUGGCGCAGCGAAGAGCGCUGGCGAGCGUGGGCGCCUGGAUUCAAGAUAGAUUUUCUAAGGGAAUCGGAUAUCCGUAUGCUGGGUUGGCGGCAGCCAUGGAUGGUUCAGAGCUAAGCGGCGAUCCGACAACGGCUGGAGUCCUCACCUUCGGCAUCCUCAAGGUCAGGAACGACUAUCACAUACGCUACGCGGUUGCUGUUCGCGUGCCUACUCCAGGCUACCCGACCGCACUUACCGUUAACACCGGGGCCGCGGGGGAGACAGGUGACGUGGCGCUGGACUUUGGGUCUGAUGCCACGUGGAAGAAUCUUACGGACCAGGGAGCGCUCGUGUUCAAUCUCGCCCUCCAAUCUCAGGGGCUUCCACCGAUGGAUCCUGGUGUUGUUGGUUAUAUAUAUGCAUUUACGGGGAUUUGGUACAAUGCAGGUUCCAAGACUGCUGCUAAUGGGAAUACAUACAAGCAGGUGGUGGAUGCCAUGAUGGCUGCUCCGGGUAGUUACUACGGGCUCUUUGCAACAUCUGGUUAUUCGGAUGGCGCUGCCCGUGGCCAGUUUGUUUCCGAGAAAGCGACUCUUGCUAACAAGGUGGCUAACUUCUUAAAGAAGAGGAUUCAAAAGCUCAUGCGUAGGAACUAA